AUGGCUGAUCUUCUCGCUUUUUUGCCGCACUGUACGGUGUGCGCUGGUGUCGCAACAGCAGUUGUUCUCGUUCUCUCAUUUAUCCUCUGCCGAUGUCUAGCCGGAAAACCAGGCAUAUCACUAACACAGAAAUCAAAGUUAAAGAAAGGUAAGGAGAAGAAAAAGUCGCCCGAAGGUGUCCAAGCGGCCGGCAAGCCUCCGGUACAGUUGUCGUAUAAUGCUUAAUCUUUUAAGCCAUCGCCGAAGUCACAGACAAUACAAAGCUCCACUGAACCUAAAGUCCAACCUGCGGUCGUUCCUCAAACUCAGUCCGCUCCUUUGGCCGUCUCCCCACAUAAGAAUCGUAAGAGCAACACAAAAGUGGAGCAAGCUGCUCGAGCUAGCGAGGUUGUGCACUUUUUUAUGUUUCAUCUUCUAGGAGGUGGAUGUCGCGGCUGUAGAGGACGACGAGUGGGUGACUGUAAAGCGCGGUAAAUCUUCUCACGGACCCCAAACUGUUGACACAUCUGCUAAGACAAACCAGAAACCUAAACAAGGCAAAGGCAGCUCGAAAGAGUCUACACCAAAGGAGGCUAAAAACUCACAGAAGUCCAAAAAAUCCGCCGAGUCCAAACCUCAACGAUCUUCAGACGAAGAAUCCCCUGUAGUUGAUGUUCCUGUUCUCCCGAAACCGGCUGCCUCGGAACCAGUUGAAGGUAAUUCUGUCUAAAAACUAAAACCCUAUAAACCUAGAAGUCUGGCAGGAUAUACCUUCGGCAAAGCGAAAAAAACAAAGGGCAAGGAAGGAAUAG